UGUCCAGAGCUACCAUCGGUCAUUUAACUUAUUAGCCAAUUAUCUAUCCUCUAUUGGUCAGAGGCUUAACUACUUUGACCUGUGCUUCCUCCUCCCUACAUGCAACUGCCAACGAAACCCGUUUCUCGUCAUAAAUUAUCGAUCUAUGGUGAUUGUACAUUUAAAAUUGUGCCUCGUUUUUAAAUUCACAUUUUUAUGUGAGAAUGGAGAGCGCCAUGGAAGCUGAUUACUCCACAGUCUAUUCGUGGUUCGACAAGUGUGGAAUCAUUUCUAAUAUUCGAACUCACCUUAGGUACAAUUUGGUCAAGGCUUUAAGGAACAAAGAUUUGUCUAAAACGUUUGAAAAGAACACUGCCAAAUCAGCCAAGCAGUAUAUUUAUGAUUUGCUUGUAGCUGAUUACCUUUGGAAUUAUAAUUAUGUUUAUACAUUGUCGGUAUUUUCAAGCGAAGCGCCCCUUUUGAUUAAUUUUAAUAAUGUAAAGUGUACGCAAUCAGGUACCGACGAAAAUCAUGGGAAAGUUAAGCAAAAAUUACAGAGCGACUACGUCUGUCAUGUAUUAGAAACUUUAGGAAUAGAACCUCGGAAAGACAGAGGCCAAAGUAUUUUAAAAGACUAUGCGGAGAACGAUGUGCCUUUACUUCUUUGCUUAUUACGACAAAUCAAGCCAACCGACAUUAACUUUUCUAAUGAAAAUAACGAACGGUGCGAAGCAAAUAAUGUCGAGCAUAGAGCGAUGCAAACCGAAGAAGCUGAAAAUGUCGUAUCUAAAGAAAAAUCUAAAAUUAUAGUGGCUAAGAAAAAGUUAAUUCAACAAAAGCAUUUGUUCUCCGCCCAGUUACAGCGAAAAGAGAACAAAUUAAAAGAACAAGCUGCAAUAAUGGAAGAGCAAUUAUUAAUGUUGCAAAAUAAAUUAGAUCAAGCGGAGAAAUUGAUAUACAACUACAAUGUAAAAGAAAAGGAAUUUAAAGAUAAUAUACAACAAGAAAAUAUGCGAAUUUUGCAAAGAGAAACAGAAUUAUCAACUAGGGAAAAGUUACUCUCCCAGGAAGCAAAUAGAUUAGAGAAAGAACGCGAUAGUUAUCGACAUUUUGAAAGUAAUUUGACAAAAUUACAGAAUGAGCUUACAAAAGUUAAGAAGGAAAUUCCCUACGCAGAUCGAACACUUAAUAAUAAUCUUAAAGAUGCGGAAGUACAAACGGAUUUUGAAAGUUUCAUUCUGUCUCGCAAUGAAAGAAACAUUCUCAGCCAAGAAAAACAAGAUUUAAAUGGUCUAGUAGUAGAACAGCAAUCGCGUAUAGAACAACUUACAUCAAGAGUUGUCUAUUUAUUACGUAAAUUGGAAGAAACGCAAUUACGAUCUCACAAGGUGGAAAUGCCAUCGAUUAUAAAAGUUACGAAUACUAAUACUAUAAUUAGUGAAAACAGUUCAACGGAGGAUAUCCUACAAGAUGCCAAAAUGCGUCUUCGUCGUUUGGAGGAAGAAAGUAUCAAAGCAGACCAAUAUUAUUUUAAUUUUAUUACGAAUACAUCUCAGUAAAUGUACAAUACUUUAUU